CGGGAAGCAAUUCCUCCGAGAACCAUAGUUUUUAAAAGCUGAGAGCGUCGAAGGCACAGCCGUCGCGUGGGAAGGUCCCAAAAUAAAUUAGGUUUGAUUAUUAGGGGAGGGAAAAUGGAUGAAUCAACGAAGAAGGGGUCUGUGACCUCACUCGCCUCCCUCUUCCCAGUAGAGGAGGCGCAAAGGGCGGCCAAGCGCGUCGAAGACACCAUUGCCGACAAGCAGAGCGAGCUCGACCGCCUACGAGGUUUCGCCACCGACAACAACAGCCUCAUCAACCUCGUCCACAAGCUCCCCGAACAGCUCUCCCACGACAUCAUGGUUCCGUUUGGGAAAGCAGCGUUCUUCCCAGGUCGUUUGAUUCACACCAAUGAGUUCCUGGUUCUUUUGGGAGAAGGGUAUUAUGCUGAGAGGACUUCGAAGCAAACCGUUGAGAUUUUGCAGCGAAGAGGGAAGUCCUUGGAUUCGCAGGUUGAUUCUCUUGAGGCCAAUAUCAAGGACCUUGAAGCAGAGGCUUCAUUUUUCAAUGCCACAGCUUCUCAAGUAGCGGAGGGUCUUGUGGAGAUAAGGGAAGAUUAUCUGGAGAAAGACUCUAACGAAGGGGAAUUUAAAUCAGGUCAUCUGCAGCAAGAGGCUCCUAAUUUGGGAAAUGCUACAGCUGAUGAUGGGGAAUAUGCUCGUAUGCUGGCUAUAAUGGAUGAACUUGAAAAAGAAGAGCUUGCUGCAGAAAGUGGCAAUCACAGUGAUCAAAAUGAUGAAAGUACUGGGGAUUUCCAUGAUAUAUCAUAUCGGGAACAUAUUGAUAACAAACUCCAAAAUUCAAAAGAUGUUCAUCAAAGUGAACUACUGGACCAGAUUAAUAAUAAAAUUAUAACAGCUGAUCUUCCAAAAAAACAGAAUCGUAAAGAAGAUAUAACUGAUCAGUUGAAUUUUGCUAGCCUGGCAGUAGAAUCUAGGGUCAAAGAGAGGGAAAAUUUUGUAGAAUACAUUGAUCCUAGUGAAAAGAUUCCUGCUCGUUCUAAAGAAAGGUCAGUUCAAGCAACUACGGCAUCAAAAACUGAGGUUCGACACCAAACUUCACAACCAUCAUUUGACAGUCGCAAGGCUUUUACAGGCUCUAUUAUAGAGCAUGCUGAGAAUAUAAAACCAACUACAAGACAACAAAGUUCAGCUUCUUCACAGGAUUCUGGUUCUCAAUCUUCAAAACCAGUCUCCAGAUUCAAAAUGCAGAGAAGAUAGCUACAAGAAGAUGAGAAGGUUGGAUCUUUUUGUAUUUGGCGAUCUAAUGGUGUAGCAUCCAUGAUUCUAGGAUGUGCUGCUUGAGAUCAAAAGUAGAAAGAGUAACAGUGGGAUAAAUCGUUUUGACUUUUGAGCAAUAAAUUUUUGGACCUUUAAACAAUGAUUGUGGUUCAAACAGACUUGGCUAUGUUUUAUAGAAUUGAAUUGAGAUAGUGUAUUUUAAUAUAUUAUUUUUGAACCGUGAGCUGUAUAGCAUACGAAACAUAAGUUGGCAUCAACCUUGUCGCGUAACCGGUUUCACUGA